AUUAUUAUCAUGCUAUAGCCUAAAUGGGUGAAUAAAAAAAAAAGCUAUUAUGAAUUAUCAUGUCAAUGUCAAUUGUCAUUCAUAAUUCUUUUAAUUUGUUCGUAUGUCGAGGAACUGUUCCUUUUUAGGUUCGGUGCGAUAAAAUUAAACAAAAUGUCCCUCGUCAUUCCGGAUAAGUUCCAACAUAUUCUUCGUAUUAUGAAUACGAAUAUUGAUGGCAAACGUAAAGUUAUGUUUGCCAUGACUGCCAUCAAAGGAGUCGGUAGACGCUAUUCGAACAUUGUUCUGAAGAAAGCUGAUAUUGAUCUUGACAAACGUGCUGGAGAAUGCACCGAGGAAGAGGUAGAAAAAAUAAUCACUAUUAUGUCAAAUCCCAGACAAUAUAAGAUCCCUGACUGGUUUUUGAAUAGACAGAAAGAUAUUGUUGAUGGUAAAUACAGUCAACUCACCUCUUCAAAUUUGGACUCAAAACUUCGUGAAGAUCUCGAGAGGCUUAAGAAAAUUAGGGCCCACAGAGGUAUGCGUCAUUAUUGGGGUCUUCGUGUCCGUGGUCAGCACACUAAAACUACUGGAAGACGUGGAAGAACUGUUGGUGUGUCUAAGAAGAAGUAAACUUGAAUAAAUAUUGUGUAAAAA